UUUUGUUUUCGUGAACGCCUUUUCUCACGUUUAGAUCUAAUUUUUUAUUUAGAAAAAUUAAAUAAAUAAACCGACCAGUUAGUUAGUAUAAAAUAAAUAAUUUUUGAGCAAAAUAAUUCAAUUAGUAACAUAUAUUAAUAAAUAUAAGUGUCAGUGAAAUUUUUUAAAAAUGGCGGUCGCCGUCGGGGUUGACCAGCAUGAGAAAUUAAUUGAAAUUCGAAGAAAGGAACGAGAAAAAAUAGGACUAGGGCGCUACAAUGUAUCUUGGGAAAGGAGCCCUGAACGGCCUGACCUUGACACCGAUUCAGAAACACCCAUGGAAAAAAAUAACAGAAUAAUUAUGGGUGAUAAAAGUCACCACACCUCAAACCAACGCCACCACAAAAAGAACAAAACAGAGAAGAAGAAGAAAAAGCACAAGAAGCAUAAGAAACAUAAAAAACAUAAGAAGUGUGGAAAAAGCAGUGACUCCGAUGAUGUUAUGAUCCAAAAUGGCAUUAAAAAAGAAAUUAAUGGUGAUGAUGAUGAAGACGACGAUGAGGAGGAGGACGACGAUGGAGAUGGUGACUUCGUUUGGGUUGAGAAAAAAAAACCAAAGUUGAACAAUGAAACAGAAGUGGUUGGGCCAGAACCUGAAAACGUUAUUGAAGCUGGUGGUCUCACUAGGAUGGAUUUCGGCAAAGCCCUGUUACCCGGUGAAGGUGCAGCCAUGGCAGCCUACAUCGCGGAGGGCAAGCGGAUACCAAGGAGAGGUGAAAUCGGGCUGACUUCCAACGAGAUCCAAGAGUUUGAAGAUGUGGGCUACGUCAUGAGUGGCAGUCGUCAUCGGAGGAUGGAAGCUGUGCGUCUGAGGAAGGAGAACCAGAUCUACAGUGCGGACGAGAAACGGGCCCUGGCGAAAUUCAACCACGAGGAGAGGAUGAAGAAGGAGGGGCACAUUCUGACUCAGUUUAAGCAACUCAUUAAGAAAACAACCACAAGAAAUAUGGAUUUCAACAGUACUUGAUGAUUCAGUUGGCUGGCUGGAUGAUUGGUUGAUUGAUUGAUUGAUUGACUGAAUGAUUGACUGGCUGGUUGAUUGACUGACUGGUUGAUUGACUGAUUGUUCUGUAUGGACGCUCAUUUGUGUUAAUAAUCUGUGAGAUAUUAGUUGCGCUUUUAAUUACUGUUUACUUUAAUUUCAUUUGAAAAAAAUGUCUAAUCGCGGGAAGAUACCAUGGCCCUCAAUUCACACGUACUCAUUGAAUACGCUUACUCGGUUUUUAUUUCUUCGGUCGUCAAUACUUGAAAUUGAAAUCUUAUAUACAAUGCCAUACCUUAUAAUCUAUCGAUGUCUUGUUGCGGUUGCGUUUGACCGCAACAGUCUCUUUUCAAGUACUACCAUCUUGAAAUUAUUUUAGCCUCGAAUCUCAGAUAAACGCCAUUUAACAGCCAUCGGUAAUUCGUUAGAAAUUAUGAAAUAUUUUUGACGAGCUGACACAGCAGCUGGCUUAAUGUGCUAGCAUGCUUCAGUAAGAAUUGUGGAAUCCUGAUACUAAUGAAUCACUGUCCUGUUAUAUUUCAGGCAAUAACAGCACACUCCUUCUUUUAUUCGAAGAGUAAUUUCGAAGAUUUUUUUAUCAUUUAUUAAAGUUGAGUUGGACUAAUCAAGGUUUGUAAAAUUUGAUUCUACCUAUAUACCUACUUUGAAUACCAUAUUACUCAGCAGAGCUUAUGUUUAAUCACAAUUUAAACAUGUAAUUUGGCGCUACAAAACCAUGCAGAUUUCAUUGAAAUAAUGAGAAUAUUAAGUGCCAUACUACUUAUUUGUCUUUGCAUGAGUGUCAUUUGCAUACCUUAGAAAACCCGACUUUCUGUUUCACAACUGCUUGGGCACUGAUCAUUCGAACUGCAGCAAACAAGCAUGAAUACAGGUGAGUAAUUUUAUGAUUUUGAUCGUAUGUGCCUCAAUUUUUUAAACAUAUUUCAUGUGAUUUUAACAUAAUAAUAAUGUUAAGUAGUUUA